ACGUACUUCACAACUAUCCUUACAGCUGCAAUACAUCACUUGAGAUAAAUGGACAAAUAAAAUAAACAGAAGACAAAAAGACCAAUUCACCAUGCAUGGGGCGGAAGGGGGUCAUCCUGAUAUCAACUAUAAAGUGAAAUACAAAGCUUUGAAACGGAAGCUGAAGUUUCUUGUUUUUGAGCAAGAAUGUUUUAUGGAAGAGCUGAGGAAAGCACAAAGGAAACUUCUGAAGGUCUCCAGAGAUAAAAGUUUUCUGUUAGACAGACUUCUGCAGUAUGAGGCAGUAGAAGACUCAACCAGUGACUCUGAUGCCACUGGAUCUAGUGACUCUGAUGGUGAAGGAAAUAAAGAUGGCAGCUCAAGUAAAAAAAGGAAACUUCUGAUGACUCCCCAACUUCCAAGCUUUGGCGAUUCAACCUCCUUACUCUCUGGCCUUGGGUUUCCAGGAUUCCACCCUCCACAAGGGCAACAGAUAUCUCCAGACCAACCAAGAAAAAAGAUGGCAAAAACUAAAAAGACCAUAAUUAAAAAAGUAUCAUUACAAAAAGCCAAAUCAGCAGACGACCAAGGUUUUCUACAUGUGACAAAAAGACCCACCCAAGUCCAGCCACAUAUCUCCCGAGCAGAGAUAGAGAGGCAGCUCGAUUCUAAGCCUCGUUCUCAGUUUAUGGGAAUCGAGAAGGCGCCACUCAGCUUGCCGAUGGAUCUCUUUAGCAGCGAAAAUUCUAACCAAGAAGGAGAGCACAAAUUAGCAGAAAAUCUGAUGAUAGAUGUACACGAAUAG